AAUCUUUUUUUAGGCAUCUAAUUAGGAUGGUUAUGCGAAAGAGACGGUCGAUGUAUAGCAUAUGGCCUGCGGAAGAACCUCAGGUUGAAUCUUUUGAAGAUGUGACGCGUUUUGUAAGAAGAUUCGUUGAUUUAGCGAUUAUCGCUGCAAUAAAGAUUGUCGCUGUCAUGGAGCAUCAGUCCUCGCUCAGCCAUUCGGAAUGGCCUACGUGUGGAGAUAUGAAUGUGCGAAACGGUCUGCGAUGUGUGAAAGAGAAAAUGCACAGAUGGAACCAAUUAUCGGCUUUGAGAAGUUGGAUGUUCCAUGUAAAGUUUAUCGGCCUUAACAGAGAAGGGACCGCCGAAUUCUACAUAUAUCAGGUUCUGUGGAGCAUACCCACACCGGCAUAUCCGGAGCCAUAUGUGACUGUCAGCGUGUUCUUCUACAUUGCGGCGAGUCGCGUGCAGCCGCCGCACUUUCCAGUCGACGUCACAUAUGUAUUCGAAGGACAUCAGUUUGUGCAUCGGUUGGAUGUAGUCUUUAAACCAAAGUGGCUUUACGACAUUCUCGAUAUGAAGACUAUGCUGUUCAAAACUUUCACAUUUUAAGGUAUUGUUUCUAUUUAUUUAACGCUUUUAUGAGAAAAACUGUAUUUAUUUUCUUAAAAUUAUAGAAUUAUAAAACAAUUUUUAUCUGCAAUUAAUAAGAAUUUAUAUGUGUGGUUCACACAAAUAUAUUCUGCAUAUCGAAACGCAAGCACGAUUCUUCUGUAGAACGGCUGCAGCUUUUUCAUAUGGCAGAUUUUUAAGCGCCUGCACCAGAGUGCAGAGUGUCGUAAAAGUAAGAGUGUCGGAUUUCCGCGAAUCGGGCACGCGCCGGCCGCAAUCUGGUCCAACACCGGACGCAGUUUCAUUCUGCUCAGUUAAACAAUACGAGCAGGUGAUACUCCGCAUCGUAAGAGCGAGAGUGCGCACUGUGUACUGCCAUAUUGCCAUUCCCAAUCGCACAUUUACGACCUUUGCAUUAAAUCAUUAACAGUCGUUACAGGAUUCACAGUAUUUCCUUGUUUAUGGCUGUAGAAAUGGAAAAAAGCAAGAUUAGACAGUUUAUUGAUACUGAACCGAUUUAUUGGUAGUAGAAUUUCUUAUAAAAAUACAAUAAGUAACAUAAACCAUAAAUAAAAUCAGACUUUCAAUAUAUAUUAAAAUAUUCUUGUUUUUGUUACAUAUUACUCUAACGGAAAAAUUUAUACGAAUAAGUACAAUGUUUUAUUAAAAAUAGAAAUUAUUUUCUUUUUCAUAGAAAUAUUUGUUUGUUCAUAGAAAUGCUUAUUUUUUUGCAAAGAUAUUUUUAGAAACA